AUGAAAGGUUACAACAUUUUCAGAAAUGACCGAGUAGGAAAACCGGGUGGAGGAGUAUUACUUGCAGUCAAACGUCAUAUUAAAUGUAGUGAAAUACUUAACAAAACUAUCGCAAAGAACGAAAUUAUUGCUAUUGAAAUUGCUACACAAUCAUUAAAGAACGUAUUAAUUGCAUCGAUUUAUGUACCACCAACAGCGAAAAUCCACAUCAACACCUUUAAUGAAUUGUACAAUUUAAACAACAACUGCAUUAUAGUAGGUGACCUUAAUGCAACAUUAUACAAUAUGGGCUCAAGAAGAACAAAUGCAAGAGGAAGACAGUUACAAGAGGUAAUCAAUGAAGGUUAUAUUAAUUGUAUAGAUGAUGUUAGUACAACAUUUGAAAAGAAUGAUUAUGAAGAAAAACUUGACUGGAUAUUAGCCAGUCAACCACUUCUUGCAUUAAUAUCAAACGUCGAAACACAUCCAACAAUCGGUACAUUAUGUGGUCAUAAACCAUUAACCUUCGAUAUCCCAAUUGGAACUGAACCAAAACCACCAUCUCCAAGAUUAUCCCUCAACUUCAAAGCAGCGAACUGGCCAAAAUACAGAAGUAAAUUAAAUGAACAACUAAUGCUAUGGAACAAAAAUCAUCUCAUCAAUUCAGCAUUAGAUAUUGAAGAAUACACAUCGUUCAUUACCAACAGCAUUACUUCAGCAACACAAGAAGCCAUACCAACAUCGAAACAACUGAAUACAAACAUUAAACUAAGUGAAGCAACCAAACAUCUGAUCCAGCUCAAACAUAAAACUUAUCGUAAAUGGAAGAAAACUGGAGAAGAUAGUGAAAAACAACAAUAUUAUAAAUACAAGGUGCUAUUAACGAAUUCACUUAGAAACGACAGAAAAAACAACUUUAACACACUUAUGUCAUCAUUAUGUCAAAGGAAAAUGUAUUCAGACUCAGUAUGGCUGACAGUUCGCAAGUUCCACAAUAAGCGAAUCAAACAAACUCAUGUUCAUAACAUCAAAUACAAUAAUGAUAUAGCAACAUCAGACAAGGAAAAAGCCGAUCUAUUUGCUGAUUAUUUCCAAAAUGAAGUGUAUAUAAAACCACCUGACACUAUACCAUUUCAUCAGCAAGUUACAAGGCAAACGUACAACAUCAAAAACAGAUCUUCUAACACGAAACUAAAUAAGUGGAAGAAGAUCACAAUUAAAGAAGUUAAAUGGAAUAUUAAACAACUUCGCAAUAGCUCCUGUGGCCCUGACAACAUACAUAACAGAUGUUUGAAGAACUACACGGAAUUAUUUAUUCAACAUUUAACUACAUUAUUUAACUCUAUUUUAAAUAUUGGUUAUAUCCCAAAUGAAUGGAAAAAGGCUAAUAUUAUACUGUUGUUAAAGCCUAAUAAAGAUAAGCAACAUCCUUCAAGUUAUCGACCAAUAAGUCUCCUUAGUUGCCUCGGCAAGCUACUGGAAAAAAUAAUGAAGCAACGGCUGAUGGUUAUACUGGAUAAACGAAACAUCUUGCCAGAACAUCAAGCAGGUUUCCGACCUAAAAAAAGCACCUUAAAUAACAUCAUAAGGCUAACUAAAUAUGCAAAACAUCACGUAUACGGAACUGGUCGUCGACGACAUGCAGCUGUCAUAUUAUUUGAUAUUAAAGCUGCUUUUGAUUCAGUAUGGCAUGAUGGGUUGAUAUACAAAUUAAAUGAAUUACAUCUUCCACAAUAUGUAAUGAAUUAUCUCAUGUCAUUUCUACAAAAUCGAGUUGCUUCGAUCGAAAUUGAACAUAACUUAUCGAAACCAUUCAACUUAAAUAGCGGCACUCCACAAGGAUCUCCAUUAUCACCUUUACUUUAUAUUGUAUACACGGCAGAUUCAAUGAAUGGAAUACCCGAUCACACAGAACAUGGUUUAUUUGCUGACGAUACUGCACUAUGGACAUCGUCAAACACCACAACAAGCCUAAAUAGCAGAUUACAACAAUCCAUAGAUGCAUUCCAAAGUUGGUGCAAAUCAUGGAAAUUAAAAUUACAACCUACAAAAACUGAAUUAGUCCACUUUACUGUCCAUCCAAGAAGAACAUUUAAAAAUCCAAUAAAUGUUAAAAUAGAAGAUACAAUCAUUAAACCAUCAGAUUCAACAAGAUACCUAGGAAUUAUCAUCGACAAAAGAUUAAAUUGGAGAAGUCAUAUUCAUCAUAUUGAAUCGAAGAUCGCUGGUCGUAUAAGUCUGCUUAGAUUCCUAAACAGAACCGCAUACGAACCCAACGACAAAAUAAUGUUAAAUAUCUUCAAAUCAAUAGCAAGAACUAUUAUAAUAUACGGUUACCCAAUUCUCCUUACAGCAAAUGAUAAAAUAUGGGAAAGAUUACAAACUAUGCAAAACAAAGCCAUUCGUGCUGCUUUAGGAUUACCCAUAUAUACAUCCACCGAAUAUAUACAUCGAAUCACCAACAUUCCCAAAAUUAAAGAAUAUGCCGUUACAAUUCUGAAACGUUAUAUUCAAACAGCAACAGCUAACAACGACAAUUUAUUAAAAAACAACCUCCAAGAAAUAUUUGACAAACUUUAA